ACUGUAUAAUUAUAGAAACUGAGACAAACUUCCAGAAUUUAAAAGAUGAUAAAUGCUUCGGAAACUUAAACAAACAAAAAACUAAGUCUACAAUGAAGUUUUGUACAGACCUCGACAAAUCAGUUCUAGUGUCCAAUUGUGAGAAACGUGGUUGGACUCAAGUAAAUCCAGAAGAUGAUUGGCAUUUUUAUUGGGCGAGCAGCCAAACGUGUCGAUCCCUGUUUAGCGUGGAUAGUGGAUACCGGAUGAAUGAUUAUCAAAUAAUCAAUCAUUUUCCAACACAUUUCGAGCUAUCACGAAAAGAUUUACUUGUUAAAAACAUAAAAAGAUAUCGUCGAGAUUUGGAACGGGAAGGGAAUCCAAUUGCAGAACGUGGGGGACCAGAUACCAAAUACUUACAUUUAGAUUUCAUUCCUGUCACAUUUGUAUUACCUGCUGAUUAUAAUAUGUUCGUUGAAGAAUAUCGCAAAGCCCCACAAACAACAUGGAUAAUGAAGCCUUGUGGUAGGUCACAAGGAAAUGGUAUAUUUUUGAUCAACAAAUUAUCAAAAUUAAGAAAAUGGUCUAGAGAAGCGAAAAGUCCGUUUACACCACAAUUAUCUAAAGAAAGUUACGUAAUAUCUAGGUAUAUUGAUAAUCCACUGUUAAUUGGAGGAAAGAAAUUUGAUCUACGUUUAUACGUGUUAGUAACAUCCUUUCGUCCAUUAAAAGCAUAUCAAUUUAAAUUAGGUUUCUGUAGAUUUUGUACAGUUAAAUAUGAUUCAAGUGUUGCCGAACUCGAUAAUAUGUAUGUGCAUUUAACAAAUGUUUCAAUCCAGAGACACGGUGAAGAAUAUAAUGCUAUGCAUGGUGGAAAACUUAGUGUUCAAAAUUUACGAUUAUACUUAGAAAGUACUCGUGGAAAACAAGUAACUGAACGAUUAUUUGGACAAAUUUCUUGGUUAAUCGUACAUUCACUAAAAGCCGUUUCUCCAACAAUGGCAACAGAUCGUCAUUGUUUCGAAUGUUAUGGAUAUGAUAUUAUAAUCGAUAAUAACUUAAAACCAUGGUUAAUUGAAGUAAACUCGUCACCAUCUUUAACAUGUACAACAGUUAAUGAUCGAAUUUUAAAACAUAAAUUAGUGGAUAAUAUUCUUUCAAUUGUUGUUCCACCAACUGGUUUACCGGAUGUUCGUUGGAAUAAAAUACCAAGUCCUGAACAACUAGGUAAUUUUGAGUUACUUAUUGAUGAAGAACUGCAAAAAGAUGAAAAUCAAUGUUCUAGUUUUAAUACUCGCUCAAAUAAUCGACAUCCUCAAAAUUCACGUUGGAAAUAA